CUCCAGCUCGCGCGCAGCGGCCCCACCCAGCCGCCUGCGGGCGCGGCGGCCUUGCCGCCCUCGCGCGGGGCGCGGGGGGCGGUGGCCCCGAUGGUGGUCGCCGAGCCGCUGUUCAUGGGAUGUGCCGGCCGCUCCUGCGGCGAGUUGGCGUUACCCGCCGCGGCGGCAGCGGCAACGUCGUUCGCAGCGCACGACGCGGAUGGGGCCGUUGACCAUGGAGCGUCGUUCCUGGGUCACGAGGCCUCCCACCAGGCGUUCGCGGCGCACGCCUCGGGCGCGGGGUGCCACGAGGCUCACGACGAUUUCUUGGCAGGUGGCCCAGGCCUCUCCGCAUUGCGGCUGGGCCCAGGGCACGGCAUUGCCAGGCAUGCCUCUGCGCAGAGCGCUGCUGCCCUCAGCUUCGCGGAGGCUGCGCAGGGCUUCCUGAUCCCGGCUCCAGCUGGUCUGCAUUCUGCAGGGCGGGAACCCCUCCGCCUGACGCCCGAGCUGCUCGCCGAGAGGC